AUGAAACCGUUGAGCUAUUUUCUGCUAUACUCGUCUCUAAUAUAUUCUACUUUUGCCAAGAAAGAAACUAGGGAAGACCCUUGGAACGAAAUAACGAAAAUCACAUCAUCUCUGCCGAUAAGGCCCAACCCAUUUGAAGUAACAGAAUUACAGGGUGAUAUAAGCUUUUAUAUUCCGAUUGACUAUUUUGAAGAAAGUGAAGAGUCCAAAUUCAACGAUUUUUGGUUGUCUAAAUCCUAUCCAAAUCAAAUUUAUCUAUACAACUUAUUGACGGAAUCCAGUGAAAAUUAUAAUAAUGCCAACGCCACUUUUAUGCUUUCGAGGCUAUUUCUUUAUCAGCACUAUAACUUCCCACAUAACAAGACUUUGGCUCAUCAUUAUUUGAACAAAUACAAUGAACUGACGUCAUACAGCGAUCCCACUACUUUAUUCGAAGAAGCGGUCAUGCACUCAACGGGGCUAUUUGGUACAAUUCCUGUUGAUCCGGCAAAGGCUUUAUUGUACUAUGAACGUGCUGCUCGUGCUGGCAGCUUGCAGGCCAAACAAGCCCUGGCUUACAAAUAUUUCAAUGGAAUAAAUGUUCCAAGAGAUUUUGAUAAAUCUUUAGUACUAUACAGGGAGGUCGCUGAAUCCAUCAAAAAGAACUCUUACAGUGACUACGAUUGGAAUGUAAACUUUCCAUAUUUUGAAAGCUACAAUGUACGAUUACCAGAUUUUGAAGAUGGUUUACUUGGGCCAGGGUUGGGUUCAACAUCGUUAAGUACAGUGAGAAAAAAGUCCGCUAGACCUGACAUUACAAGUAGUGUUUUGACUAAAAUGAAUGGAGGAACUAUUAUUUUACAGUUCGGUAAUGUUGAUAAUUCCAAUGCCUUUGCAAUUGGUGACAAUGACGAAAGUGAAGAUCAGCUUGUUGACAUUUUUUAUACCGCAUGGGAUGAAUAUAAGGGAACUUACACCAAGAAAAGGGAUGUUGAAAAGAGUAGGUUACUUCUUGAGGCAACAGUGACGCAGUAUGAUAAAGAUGUUAUAAUAAUGGAUAAUCUACAGAGAUAUUUCUAUUCGAAAUGUCUUGAUCUUUUAGGACAUAUUUAUUUUACUGGAGAUGGUCUUCCAGAACCAGAUCUUUAUGCUGCUGAAAAUUAUUUGAAAAAGGCCAUUUUGGUUAUCGAAGGUUCGUCGAGAUUACAUAGUCGUGCUCAUAUUGACAUGGGGUUACUCCAGCAAUAUAAAUAUCACAAUGAAACAAGCGCUGUUGAACAUUACAGAAAAAGUAUUGAAUUAAGAUCUAAUAAUGGGAUUGUGGAGUAUCAAUUAGCGAAAUUAAACAGCAGAAAUCCAUCUUUGCAUAUAGGAGAUUCUUUUACUUUACUGCAAGCUGCAUGCACGAAAGGUUUUAUUCCAGCAAUUUAUGAAUUUGCCAAGAUGACUGAGAAGGGCUUAAAGAAUAGGUACAAUUGUGAAGAUACGGCUUAUUUGUUUAAAUUAUUUGUCGAAGAAAAUGAAUCAAUUAUGGCCCCUCAUUUGACAAAUGCCUUUGCUGAGCUUUUGUUGGGCAACACAGAAACUGCACUGUGGGAAUAUACCAAGGCUUCAGAGCAAGGAUAUGAAAUGGCACAGGUAUCUGCAGCUUAUUUGAUGUAUCAAAUCCCCACAAAAUUGGAUGAACCUCCACUCACUACAGAUGAGAGAAAAGAUAUGGCUAUAACGUAUUAUAUGAGGGCUUUCAAACAGAAUAAUGUGGAUGCCGGUGUCAUUGCAGGCGAUGUAUAUUAUGACAAGGGCCAGUAUGAAAAGGCAUUUUCGAUGUAUCAAAGCGCUGCAUUGAAGUAUUCUGUACAGGCAAUCUGGAAUUUGGGUUAUAUGUACGAGUAUGGUCUCGGAGUUCCAAUGGAUUUCCAUUUGGCAAAAAGGUAUUACGACCAAGUAUUGGAGUUUAACCACAAAUUCUACUUGGGUGUUAAACUGAGCGUAUUGAAAUUAAGAAUCAAAUCUUUUUGGAUUUGGAUAAUGGGAAAUCAAGCUAAUACCACUAUUAUAAAUCCUAAUUCAAAAUCUCUACCUUUAGUAGGACGUAUAAAAAAUAUUUUUGACAAAAUUGUACAUAGAGGAGAAUAUGGAUCUAAGAAUGCUAAAGAUGCUCAAAAGGACGGAUCUGGUACUCUUUUUGAGGAGAGAAAUCCCCAUAAGACGGUGGUACAAUCCGGGUUUGAUGGCUUCAAUGCCAGAACCAAUAACGAUCAAGAUGGUAUUGCCGGUUAUUUGCAGUCUAUUGGAUUACAUUCAGAAGAUGUCAUAACAAUAUUGUUUGUAAUAUUUGUCUUUUCCUUCAGUUUCAUCAUGAGGACUCUAGCUCAAAGAAGAGGUUGGAACGUCCAAAUAAAUGGCAUUCCUAUAAAUCCCAAUAAUAAUAAUAAUGAACCACAACAACAGCAAGGAGGAUUUUUCAACGGGAACUUUGACGUUCAAAUAUUUGCUAUAUGA